AUGGUCAAUUGGUCAAAUAUCCCCUUCGGCGUCCUAAUCCUCAUCGUAGGCGGGCCCGUCAAGUCCGUCGUCAUCAACACCACCUUGAACGAACCCAUCUCCGUCAUCUUCGGGCGCAUCUCCCUCGCACUCCGCGAAGACUUAACCGAGAUUUAUGUGCGCACUCUGUUCAUCAAUGGCAUCCCUAUACACGAUGAGAAUAAGCCCCUGUCGUUCCAUCGCGUCUUUGGCAACGUUAUCACCUACCGCGCAAUCAAGCCCAGAACUUGUCCUCUCCUUGUUAAAACCCUUGACGGUAACAUCCUCCCCUUCAAUUGCAACCCUAACGUCUCCACUGCAUAUGUCAAGAGUCUGAUCAGGGGAGAAACCGGCAUACCUCAGGAACUCUUUAAACUAUAUUCCUUGGAGAAGGAGCUUCAGGACUCCGAUAAUAUCCAGAACGGCGCCUUGGCCAUGUUUCCUCAAGUGCUUGUAAACGGUCCCUGCGGCACCUCAGACGCGAGGCCCGUGGGUACGUUCGAGCCAGUGGAUAUGCAGAUGAAACUGCUCACAAACACCGCUCCACCAGGACGCAAUGUUGGACGAGGAACAAAUGUUGAGUGCUGGUGCAAUUGUACCUCUGAAUACCCAGUGAUUUGCCCGCAGUUCCUUGGGCAGACUGAGGUAUCCCAAAGGAAGUUUCGAUGCCCGGUCUGCAACCAAGAGGACGGGCGCCCCAUCACGGCGGGAUUCGUGGACUGCAAGUAUCGGGUCCAUGGGAUCAAGGAUACAGGAGAACAGUAUACCUCUGACUGGAAGAUCGUCAGGCCUGAGGAUUGCUAUGAGCUGUUUGAUUCCGGCGAUCAGAUAAAGUGGCAGCGGCUGAUUAUUGAGAGUGCGAGGGUCGAUGACCUUGACAAGUGCUUGAUUUGUCUGGAACCGAUGGCCGAGACACUGGCCAAACAUCUCCAUAGCCAGCGAAAAUCAAUGGCUACUUCCACCGACGACGUCAUCGCCGACGAGCCCGGCAAGUUCAUCUCCGUUCGAUCUCAGCCUCACGAACCCAUCUUUAUGCUCCUCGAGCGUAUCGUCCAGGCCCUUCAAGAGGACGACCCCACGACCUACCAACGCUCACUCGCAAUCAACGGGAUCCCUCUCAACGACUUGGAACAGCCCCUGUUCGAGUACAUCAUCCACGGAGGCGGUCUGGCCUAUCACUCCCUGAAGAAGGGCACACAGCUGCGGAUCAAUGUCAAAACACUGACUGGCAAGACCCUUGAGUUCAACGUCAAUUAUCGAUACUCUAUCAUGUGGAUCACGAUCAUGAUCCAGAAAAAGGAAGGGAUCCCCCCAAAAUAUUAG